CUUCCGGUAUCGAAUAAAAUGGCUGAUGUACUGAGUAUUUUGCGUCAGUAUAAUGUCAACAAAAAGGAGAUAAUCGAAAAAGAUGACCAGAUUAUAUUCGGUGAAUUUGCAUGGCCAAAAGAUGUCAAAACAAACUAUGUUGUGUGGGGAACGGGAAAGGAUGGAAUAGUCAAAGAGUACUACACACUUGACUCAAUUCUCUUUCUGCUUAAAAAUGUUCACCUACAGCAUCCCAUGUAUGUCAGAGAGGCAGUGGCUGCAUCUGUGCAUGUUGUCCGCCGCCCUGACAGAAAAGACCUGCUUUCCUACCUUAAUGGAGAAACAACAACAUCGUCAUCUAUUGACAAAAGCGCUCCUCUUGAAAUUUCACAAAGACCUAUUCAAGUGAAGCGUUCGGCUGAAGAUGGGGGUCCAGAUACUGAGAAAAAGAAACCAAGACUGGAGGAGGAGCAAGUGCAACAAGCCAAAAAAGAUUGGAUUUCUAAAAUUGACAGUCGUCGUGACAACUCGGUCAUGCCAAGCCAGUUAGGUACAUCCUCCCUACACGAAGCAAUGCCAUUGGAGAAAAUUGCGGCCAUCAAGGCGAAACGUCUGGCGAUCAAGCGAACGAAGAUCACGUCUCUGGAUGAUGACAUACAACCGGGGCAGCUGGAGCAGAGGAGCUUCGUGGACGCCGAGGUAGAUGUGACGCGAGACAUCGUCAGCAGGGAAAGACUGUGGAGAACACGCACAACCAUCCUACAGAGUGUCGGCAAGCAAUUUGCCAAAAACAUUUUCAGCAUUUUGCAGUCGAUCAAAGCUAGAGAGGAGGGCACCAGCAGACACCAUAAUGCGCCGUCAAAUACUCCAUCAGUCAUCGCACCAAAACCACAACCAACUGUUGGAUACAACAGAUAUGAUCAAGAGAGGUUCAGAAGGAAUGAAGAAACCGAGGGCUUCAAGAUCGACACUAUGGGCACGUAUCACGGAAUGACCCUCAAGUCAGUAACCGAGGGUGCAUCAGCUCGCAAAACACACACUCCACAGCCUCAACCAGUGCAGCCAAUAUCACGGCCAAUUGUACAAGCAAGACCUCCACCAAAUCAGAAAAAAGGUUCAAGGACCCCAAUUGUGAUCAUCCCAGCGGCAGCUACGUCUCUCAUCACCAUGUUCAACGCUAAAGAUGUGCUUCAGGAUCUCAAAUUUGUGAGUACCGAAGAGAAAAAAUCUCAAGGUGUUAAGCGAGAUAAUGAAGUUCUGAUACAGAGACGGAAAGAUGGCGGUCUGACUGUGCCAUACAGAAUUAUCGAUAACCCUGUCAAACUGCAGCAAGAUGAUUGGGAACGUGUGGUAGCAGUGUUUGUACAGGGACCAGCGUGGCAGUUUAAGGGAUGGCCAUGGAACGGAAACCCUGUGGAAAUAUUUUCAAAAAUUAAAGCAUUCCAUCUCAAGUGGUCGGAGCUGCCCCUCGACAACAAUGUUAAGAAGUGGGCGGUACACGUCAUCGCUCUGGACCGACACAAGCGCCACUUAGAUCGGGCCAACCUGCAGCAGUUCUGGGAACAUCUCGACAGGUAUCUGUUGAAAUACAAGCCACACUUGAGGUUCUAGUCAGGAUGAAGUAGAGUUUGUACUCUAAUGCAGCACACCUCUCACAGACGAUAUCUGAACCAUGUUGUACCCCAUCUGAUAGUCUGACCCCCCCAACACCCAUCAGACAUUGUGCAUCAUCAGAACACUUAUGUGGAUAAAAUAUCUCUUGUAUUUGUAGAUAUAAUAUUACAAGUUUUGUCUUCGUUACUCUAUUUAUGUGAGUUAUGAUAUUUGACAGGAAUGUUCUUCUUUAUUCUCAACGUGUAAAACACAGUUGACUGGAAAGAUUCUAGUGGAAUGUGUUUUCUAUUUUAAAGUUUAUUUCAAACUGGUUCGUCAUAGACCUGUCUGGUCAGGAGAAUUGUAUUUAUUACAGUACUAGUAGGCAGUUCAGUGGUAUAUAGUUUAUUAUAGGUGAGAUGCAAACACACACACACACCCCCCCCCCCCCCCCCCCCCCCAAAUUAAAAAAAAAAAAUCUCACCACCUAUUGUUCAAAGAACACUUCAUUUCCCCUUCAAGACAACUUUUGAAACCUUAAAAAAUCAUCUGCAAAUAAACUUUAAAAAAAAUACAUGUCCACAGGAAAAGUAAGAAAUAUAAAUAGUAUUAGCAUUGUAUUGAAAAACAACCUAAGACGCAUAUAUAUAUAUGAUGGAACAAUGAAUCCAUAAUACAUUUGGGUUAAUAAAUUGUACUACUAAUCUUAGGUUAUGUUUAUGUUUGAGCCGACAUAUUUCAAAAUCACUUCCUUGAGACUAGGAAAAGUUUAGAAAAUUGUAUAUCUUUAUUAAAAAUCAGAUUCUUUUGGUGGUGACUAGCAACUGUUAGGCCUGUCUGGCACUUUACAGUUUUAGGCAGAAUCCUGAAAACGUUUCUGGCGUAUGAUUAUUAAGAGUCUAGACUCUUAUCUGAUAACUGCAUCUUAAGACGUCAUGGCAACAUAUACAAAUUGCAUGCAUGUGAAGUCAUUAAAGAUUUGAGUGUAGACUCUACAAACACAGGCCCAGGCAUGGUGCUUAUAAAACUUUUAGUCUGAACUCGAGACUAAGAAGAGUAGGAGACUAUCAUUACGGCAACGCCAUACAAAUUGCUUGCAUUUGAUGUCAUUUGAGAUUGAGUCUGGACUCUUAAAAGUUUUAUAAGUACGGGUCCAGAUGCAUGUUGAGAAGGGCAAGCGAUUGUGGUUGCUAGCUAGAGUGGUUUUUGUUUUACACAUUAGAUAAAUGUGAUGUUAUGGAAGACGAUGGUCUCCUGAAAUUACUAUUGAUAGACCACCAUAAUUAACUACAUUUGUUUGUUUUAAUCUAACAUAUUAAGUUUUUUUGUCAUAAAUAAUAUUUUGUUCCAUACGUAACUUGCUAAUAAAAGGAAAACAAUGGUUUUUAAAGACAAAAUUAAUCACAGACUUUAAUAUACUUUUUUUUAAUAGUUGAUAGCUAUUAUAUGUAAUUUAUUGUUAGUUUUUCCUAACUUAACACCAAUGUGAUUUGAAGUGUUAAUUGUGGAGUUCAACAGAAACUAAGUUAUGUCCAUAAUUAUUUUAGUAUUUUGUAUUAUUUGAUAAAAUCUUGAUUUGUUAUCAAAAGUGGGUGCAAAAUGACCAUGUGACAUGACUAAUUGUGAUAGAAAAAUAUUCAUAAAACAUCCUGGAAACCAAAUACUUGGAGACUUGAUACAAAACUGUAAUAUGUGCGACAGUGUUGAUGAAUAAAGUGCUCCAUUUACCAUUCACAUUUUCACAAGGACAUGCCACUUCAUUACAAAUACAGACUUCAAAACAAAAUUGUAAAUAUGUAUAAAAGUAUGGUAUGUUGUACAUGUAGUUUUGUUUGUUUUUUUCAUUUUUCUCAUCAGCUGCAUGUUAAAAUGUACAAAUUUGAUAACAAAUUAGACAUUUUAGUUCUUCAUUUUUGUUUAUUUCAUGUAUGUUUGACAUAGUGUAUGAAAGCAGUGUAAGUAUCAUGUUGUGCUGAAGAUGAAUGUCAUCGACUCCAGUGUAACACAAUUAUACCCAAUGUAAAUAAAAUUAAUUACCAAAAA